AUGAGAAAAAGUACAAGGCGGUUGAUCUUUCCUCAGAAGGAGGAUGAGCUGUUGAUCUCAGCUGGCCAAGUUGAGUCAUUGCUGAGAAAUGGAGCAGAGUGUUGUCUCCUGAUUGUUGCUUUGAGUGUAGAAACCGAGAGGGUCUUAGCUGAUAUUGAGGUGGUGAGAGACUUUACUGAAGUAUUUCCUGAUGAGGUGCCAGGACUACCUCCUGUGAGGGAGCUGGAGUUCAGCAUAGACCUGGUUCCAGGUGCGGGGCCAGUGUUAGUGGCUCCCUAUAGAAUGGCUCCUGCUGAGCUGGUUGAACUGAAGGUUCAGUUGGAAGAUCUGUUGGAGAAACAAUUGGUGCGACCGAGUGUAUCACCGUGGGGUGCUCUAGUGCUGUUGGUAAAGAAGAAGGAUGGGGGUAGUAGACUGUGUGUUGAUUAUCGACAGCUGAAUAACAGCAGCUUUCUCGGUACCCAGCAAGCCAAGAAGUCUCACCAGCUCCUCAUCCUGCAAUUGUUUGAGUCCAACCUGCCUCAAGAACUCAUUAGUUAUGGUAACUGUCCCACAACUAAUGCGAUCCUGAGCUAA